CAACUUCACCAAAAACUCCGCUGGUUUACUGCCACUGGGGACUGACGAGAGAGAGAGAGAGAGAGAGAGAGAGAGCCAACAACAACAGAUGAUGUGAUGUCAAGGAGAAAGCUGACGUGUAAGCCGCUGAGAAGGCCAUGAAAGCAUGUGUCUCCCUCUCUAGGGCCGAGGGCUUCUUGUCUGGAUCAUCCUAUUCUUUGCCUACGCUGCCCUCCUUUUUCUUUUUCUUUCUUCUUGAAGAACACUCUGGCUCGUCUGGACACGCCCAUACCGAAAUUUGAUAGAUGCUUUUUAACUGGAGGAACGAGAAUGAACAAGUGGGUGUUCAUUGCCAGCAGCUGAAUUUGCAGAACUCGAUGAAAAGGAGCCAGCUUUGCCUGUUCAGAUCAGUAACUUUCGCAAUCUCUCUCUGAGUUUUGACUGUGCCCUCGUUGUUGUAGUUCAGACGUACAAAGAAUGAGCAGAACUGUGCUUAUAGCUGUUGUUGCUGCCUUUGGGAACUUGCUUCAAGGAUGGGACAAUGCUACCAUCGCUGGGGCUAUAUUGUUCAUAAAGAGGGAGUUCCAUCUGGAGAGUGAACCCGCCAUGGAAGGACUAAUUGUGGCCAUAUCGCUUCUUGGAGCCACUUUAGUCGCCGCAUGUUCCGGAGCCAUGGCUGACUGCAUAGGCCGGCGGCCUAUGCUGAUAUUGUCGUCCAACUUCUAUUUGGUUAGCGGUCUCCUGAUGUUCUGGUCGCCCAAUCUUUACACGCUGCUCUUGGCGAGAUUUGUAGGAGGGCUUGGAGUAGGUCUGGCCGUCACUCUGGUUCCGCUCUACGUGUCGGAGCUGUCACCGCCCGAGAUAAGGGGUCUGCUGAAUACCCUCCCCCAGUUUUCGGGCUCCUGCGGGAUGUUUGUGGCGUAUUGCUUGGUCUUUGGUUUGUCAUUGAUGCAUUCACGAAGUUGGAGAUUGAUGCUUGGAGUUCUUUCUAUUCCAUCACUUGUUUAUGUUGUGCUGGCAAUACUUUUGCUGCCCGAGUCUCCACGGUGGCUUGUGAGCAAAGGGCGAGUGCUUGAGGCCAAGAAAGUCUUACAGGUGAUACGUGGCGCAGAAGAUGUUUCUGGUGAGAUGGCUCUGUUGAUAGAAGGAAUUGGGGUUGGAUGUGAUGCCUCUACAGAGGAAUACUUAAUUAGGCCCGCCAAUGAUCUUCAUGAUGACCCAGAUUUGUCUAGUGAGGAAGAUCAAAUCCUGAUAUAUAAACCAGAGAAAGGUAUCUCAUGGGUUGCCAGACCAGUCACUGCUCAAGACACCCUUGGCCUUGCAUCUUUGCAGGGAAGCCAAACCGUUCGUUUUGUGGAUCCCCUCGUUAACCUCUUUGGUAGGGUCCAUGAGAAACUAACUGAGACGGCAAGCAUGCGAAGCACGCUAUUUCCGCACUUAGGAAGUCUGUUCAGUGUGGGAGGACAGCAGCAGGCAAAUGAAGAGGAUGAGGAGGAGAUUAUUGGCAUGGAGGGUGAUGAGUACCCAUCUGACGCUGCAAGUGGUGAUUCCAAUGAUAAUUUACAGAGCCCGUUGAUUUCGCGUCAGGCAACAAGUACGGAGAAGGAUUGGGUCCUGCCUGCUCAAGGCAGAGCUAUUGGCUUUGGUUGGGGUAGUUUGAUGCAAGGAACUGGAGGACCGGAAGAUAGCGUGGCCAUUGGCCCCGAGUGGCAGCUAGCAUGGAAAUGGCCCAAGACAGAGGAUGAAAAUGGAAAGAAGGGAGGAUUUCAGAGGAUUUAUUUGCGUGGAUGGGGUGUUGUGGGCUCGCGUGCGUCUGUUGCUUCUUUUCCUGGCAUGGACCAGCCUGCGGAUGGGGGGCUAGUCCAGGCGGUUGGCUUGGUUGGCCGACCGGCUCUCUUCACUGAGGAGCUGUUGCAAAUCCGUCCUUGGGGUCCAGCUAUGCUUCAUCCAUCAGAAGUUGCAACAAAGGGACUAUGGUGGAGGGAUCUAUUUGAGCCAGGAGUUAAGCACGCUUUGUUCGUCGGUGUAGGAAUUCAAAUACUUCAGCAGUUCUCGGGAAUAAAUGGCGUUCUAUACUACACUCCCCAAAUUCUUAAGCAGACUGGUAUUGGAGCUCUUCUUUCAGAAUUGCGCAUCAGCUCAGAGUCGGUAUCUCUACUUCUUAGUGCCAUCACGACCUUGCUGAUGCUACCCUCCAUUGCUGUUGCUAUGAGGCUCAUGGAUGUAUCUGGCAGAAGGAGCUUGCUCCUGGGUACGAUCCCCAUGCUGAUAGUAUCGCUCGUCAUCGUAGUGCUGGGCGACAUGGUAAAUGCAGGCUCUGCUGUUCAUGCAGUGAUCUCCACCAUCGGCGUCGUCCUCUACAUCUGUUUCUUUGUUAUGGGAUUCGGUCCAGCCCCUAAUGUGCUAUGCGCUGAAAUCUUCCCUACCAGGGUCCGCGGUCUCUGUGUCGCCAUGUGCGGCCUUGCGUUUUGGAUGAGCAACGCCGUUGUCGCCUACUCGUUGCCGUUGAUGCUCAGAUCGGCGAGCCUGGCAAGCAUUUUCGGCAUGUUCACAGUGCUCUGUCUCCUAUCGUGGGCCUUUGUUUUCGUGAAAGUCCCUGAAACCAAGGGCAUGCCCCUUGAAGUGAUCACAGAGUUCUUCUGUCUCGGCAUGAAGCAGAUUUUUGCUGUUAAGAACGAGUGAUCCAGUCACUGUAAUUGGGGGUACACUCAGGUUUCGUAUAGAUGUUUUGUCUCACACUAUUUUGCGGCAACUGCUACUUUAUCCCAGUUGUAAUUAGGGGAGGUUCUUCAACCCUGCUUAGCAUUGGUUUUGGCUGAUUUAGCUAAGUUUUGGCGGUUC